AUGGAGCCCUGUUGGGAGUACCGGGAGGUGAAAGUCCGCCGCUUCGAGCGCGGGAAGCACCAGAUCCCUUUCUUCAGCGAGUGCCUAGAGGCCGGAGCGCGCCGUUUCGUUUGCUGCUCCAAGGGCUCAGACUUUGCAACACCAGCUGGGCAGGACUUUCAUUGGAUUGUGGCUGUGGAGCCAGGACAGGGUGUCAUCGUCGCCUCCAUCCAGACACAGUUCUGGGUAUUCGAGUCCGACUCUGCUUUCCUAACCCAUGGCUGGCUAGAGGCUUCGGAUCCCACGCCAUUGUGCCUGCCUGCCGAUGCGGCAGAGUUUCUCGCUGUGAGCUUCUCUUUGGAGGACUCGGCUUCUGACGCUUUCGUGCCGGAGGUAGAGGAGUUGCCAACGCAGCUGCAGGAUGCCUACCACAAAUUCUACGAAGCCUACAGCUUCGUGGACGGAUACCAGUUGUCCUAUGAGGCGCAGGGUGGCUGCACGACGUCUGCGCUGACCUACGGAGAGAGUCACUUCGCGCCCAUAUACCGCCUCCUGAGCAUACUCCAGGUGGAGGCGACAGCCGGUGAUUUGCUUGUUGACCUCGGAAGUGGCACGGGCCGACUCGUUGCUGCAGCGGCUCUUGCAUUUCCCUUGCUGCGGUGUCGUGGAAUUGAGCUGCUCCCGGCCCUUCACACGGCAGCUCUGCAGACGAAAGCGCGCCUCCCGGAGGCCUCACUGGAGCUGGUGCUUGGAGACAUUCUGCACGAGGACUGGUCCGAUGCCAGCAUCGUUGUUGCCAUGUCUCUCUGCUUCCCGGCAGAGAUGAUGAAGGCCCUCGAGGCCAAGUUCGCGUUGCUACGUCCUGGAAGCCGGGUUGUGCUGAUGAACUGCUUUCUGGAGUCUGACCUCUCUGGUCUCGCACCGCUGUGUCUUGACAAAGCCAACGAGCCUGCGCAUGCUGUGCGCCUUGAGCGACCCAGCAAAUAG